AUGUUUCUCAAUGCUUCUUCACGAUCUGCCGUGCCUAUCUGCAGAAUCCUGAAACGAUAUGGGAGAAAGAAAUGUGAGGAACAAGUAAAAGGUAUCGAGUUUCACAAGUUUACCCCUGUUACCAGGCAAAGUCUGCAAUACACCUCCAAUCGAAAGACGAAUCUGGAAACCGAUCAUACUUCCCCGAGAAGAAGAAUAAAAGUGAAAAUCUUGUGA